UUACAGAUGCCUCCAAACUGAGUGGAUUUCUGACUCUGACGCUUUCUCUGGCCGCGCUCCCGCUGUGUGAGAGAGGAUAUUUACCGUUUUAGCGCUGCCACGGCUACAGAUGCAGCACCGUAUUGCUGUGUGACAGAAAAUAUAACCAUGCUUUUGACAAGUUGACAGCGGAGGAGUCCAGCGCAGACGUUUGGCAACGAGAUUUUGGUCUCUACAGUAGCAAUGGAGCUCUGUUUUUAAACGCAUCUCCCUCUUUACGCACAAGGAUUGCUUGGAAAUAUUGCAUCCUCCAAGGUGCGCGCGUAAACCCCAGGGGCUGGCACACCUUAACCGUUGAAACCAUCCAACAAACGUCAAAGACAUGAAAUCCUCUUCGUGUCUCGAGAAGAAGAGAAGAGGGUUUUUCUGGCUGCCUCGCGUUUAACAUCCCAAAAGGGCAAGGGGUGACAUCAAUUAAAACGCUAUAGAAAACCAAAUCACAAUUAGGUAAGCAUGUCCAGAACAUUAAAGAAGAAGAAACAUUGGUCCAGUAAAGUGGUGGAGUGCGCAGUGUCGUGGGGAAACCUGGGGGACUUCGGCUCCGUAGUGGAGGUUCUUGGCGGAGCUGAGGUGGGACAGUUUCCGUACCUGGGCCAGAUGAAGCUGGACGUACUGGUGUGUCACGUCGGGAAGCUGCCCUAUUACGGGGACGUGCUGCUGGAGGUGAAUGGCACCCCUGUGAGUGGACUUACAAACCGCGACACACUGGCUGUCAUCCGCCACUUCAGAGAGCCCAUCCGCCUCAAGACCGUCAAACCUGGUACGUCUACACCUCACGUUCACCUGGAGUAUAGUAACAGUGAUGAUGGGAAUAAUGGCGAGUAG